CCAAUAUAUUUCUCCACACCAUCACAAAGUAUCCAAGAAAAUGAGUGGAGGUGGAAUGGAGUCGAUGACACAGCCAACUCCGCCCGGUAUGGGCGGAGGUGACCGUGUAAUGAACAGCCAGCACGGCGGAGACCGGUGUGGCUACGACUUUCACAUGCCGUUGCAUUACCCAAGAUACACAAGAGCUGAAUAUGAAGUUAUGCCAGAAUGGAAACUGGAUUGUUUGCUUACUCAAUAUGGACUUCCUAUUAAUGGAGAUGUUAAUCAAAAGAGGAAGUUUGCUAUGGGAGCCUUUCUCUGGACUUAUUAAUUAUAAUUAUGACUAGCUAAAUCUCCUCUUCUCUAUCAGUUAAUCGGUUUGUUAAUUGUGUUGUGUGUGUAUAAGUUAAAACUCUUUUUGUAGUAUGUAAAAUGGUUCAUCAUGGUUUCUUUUCUAUGAAUCUAAUACUACUAAGUUUUGUUAUUAA